AAUUUAACCAUUUUAAAUGGAAGAUUAAUUGUUUUGGGAGCAAUUAGAUUAUUGUUUUUAUUUUGCCAAAUUUUCUCUAUUUUUAUUUUGAUAGCAAUUAAAUUACUAUAAAUUAUAUCUGAAAAUUUCAAAAGGGAAGUAAAAGAGACAGGCGAUGUGACGGCGCGUGAGAGAAAGUGCGGUGAAAUGGAGGGGGGAAGGGCGACUGAGGCUGAGGCUGAGGCUGAGGCUGGGGGUAUAGAAGAGAGACUUACCUUGCCUUGUGUUGCGUUACAUGAAGUCAUAAACUUUGUAAAGAGAGCAAAAAGCGUUGCAUACUGCAGCAGUGUAGCCGUUGCAAUUCUUGAAGAAGAAGAAGAAGAGAGAAUUUAUUACCCAUUACGCCAUUAACACAACACGACAAAAUCACCCACCAAAAUAAUAAUAUUAAUCUGACCAAAAAUUGAAACAACCCUCAAUAAAAUAAUGUAAACCAAAUUAAAAAAUUACUUCCUUUUUCUUUGAAAUAGCAGAAUUAAUGAUGAUGCGGGUAGUGGAGAGGUAAUGGUAGUGAGCUGAAAAGACUAAACCUUUUUCUCAGAAGGUAAGUAACUAUUAUCCCAACACAUUUUCUCUUUUUAUCUCAGAAAAAAAAAAUAGUGAGCUUUUGAGGAACAAAGAGAAACAGAGUUUUUCCUUUCCCUUUUUCUUUGGUAAAUAUUUUGUUUGAAAGGGUAGGAAGAGACAUGCACAAAUCCAAGCUUAGAAGAAAAUUCUUCAUGAGUGUUAUUUCUCUUUCAGUUUAACAAAUCCCAAAGGUCACUGAUGUGCGAGCACGUUAACAUAUAGCAGCAAAGAUUUCUUCUUAGCACUUUCAAAAUCUCUCACGGCUCCUUUUAUAAGUCAGGAUGCAUUGAAGUUUGAAUGGUAGGUUACCGAAAUGCAAACCUUGCAUAAAAAGGAUUGUGUGUUAAGUUCUCAUUUGACAUGCACGAACGUAGUUGGCUGCUCAUCUUGGGUCAAUUCAACUGAAUCUCAUGUCCAGCAAUCAUCCAUGUCUGAAAGUUUAAACUUGAAGAUGGGAAUCGUACCUCAACACUUUCAUAAUGCCAAGCAGCUAAGUUUUCAAUUUCAAGACCAGGACUCAUCAUCAACUCAAUCAACCGGCCAAUCUUACCCUGAAGCGGCUAGUGUUGGAGAUAGCAAUCUUUAUGGGCAAAGUUCAAUUUCAGCAUCAUCAGGAGGUAAUGAAACUCCUGGGAAGCUUGUUGAACAUCAUGCUAAAUUAGCCUCGUCAAUGGGAACUCAGGAAUAUGUCUUCUCUCCUUCACAAGUUGACUAUAGCAAAUCAAUUCAGACUCAUAUUCCGCUCCAUUGUGCUGAACCGUAUUUUGGUGGUGCUGUGACUGCUGUUUGCCCACCUCCAGCUAUGAGUCAUCAUCCUUGUAUGCUAGCAAUGCUUCCUGCUCGAGUUCCACUUCCUUUGGCGCUUACAGAAGACGAAACUAUUUAUGUUAAUGCAAAGCAGUAUGGGGCUAUUCUCAGGCGAAGACAGUAUCGAGCGAAGCUUGAGGCUCAGAAUAAACUGAUCAAAGUUCGAAAGCCCUAUCUGCAUGAGUCUCGACAUCUUCACGCUUUAAAAAGGGCUAGAGGAAAUGGCGGGCGAUUCCUGAACACAAAGAAGCUCCAAGAAUCCAAGCCGAUUCCAACAAGCCAUGGACUUGAUGCAUCAAGGUCUCCUCAGCUACAUUUGUGUGCAAACAUGUCGAAUCAGCUGGAAAAUUACAAAGACGCUGCUUCAACUACCACUUGCUCUGAUGUCACUAGUGCCUCCAACGGUGAUGAAAUGCUACAGCAGCGAGAUUUCAGGUUCUCUGGCUAUUCUUCUCUCAUUGCUGGAGCCAUGCGGGGGAGUGGUGGGAACCUCCAUCAUCUUUCUGGCUGCGGCUGAUAGAUUAUGGUGGGAGCACUGCAGUCCGGUGCUUCAAUGAAAGAUACGGCUGCUUUGUUCCGGUGGGAAGUCAUCCUUGGCUCAGUUUGUUUAUUUUUAAUAAUAGACUUGACUGUUACAAAAGCAUGAACAUGAAGUUAUUUCUUGGCAGAACUUGAUUGCUAUUUGGUGUUUAUGUUAGACAAAAA